AUGCGUGCUCCGGAUUUCUCAUUCAUCUGGAUGACUAUCACCCCGUGGAUUAUCUUAGCUUUGGGUUGUUUGAUGACCGCACCUGGUCUACGGUUCGUAUACAGUCAUACUGUUGAGCUGAGACGUCCCCGGUUUGGAUUAGCUCAGACUCAUCUAGUGGGUCCGUUGAAUCCGACAACAGACCACGACGUGGCUGACAAGACGCUAACUCACACCCGGUCGAAUGUGUACGCCACAAAGGGAUCAGCCUAUCACAAGCUAGCCGAUCACUCAGCGCGUUCGUUCGAUCCCAUAUCCAAACAGAGGAAUCCUGUGAAUGCGGAUGAACCGAACUGGCUGACCAGAUUCCCACCGGAUCAAGAUCUAUUCAGAUCGUCCCGAAUGGGAUCCCAGUCAUCAAACAAACGGAGUAUACAACUGUCUAGCCAACUACGGAGAAAUCACUCACGUCGCAAGACUGGUCGUGUUGCAUCAAGUUCACUGGGGAAAGGCACUGCAAUUACCGCAAUGGAGGAGCCGAAGGGGAACGUCACACAAACUCGCUGGUGGUAA